AAACAAAUCAAGAAAAAAAGGAUGCAGUAGUGCUUUUCUCAACCGCAGAAUAUCACGCGCCCUCUAGCAGGGCAGUUCUCUAACAGCAGCAGCCAUGUGGAGAGACUUCUGGGAUGCUGGCGGAUUAUAAGGCGGGGAUUCCAGUGACCCAGGUAUUGGUCCAGUGCUCGAGGGUCGUCUAACCCCGCCGUUAUCUCUUCACUAUAAUAACACAUCAGCUUUAACUGGCAUCUCGCCUUCGGUGACUUCUUGUGUCCGAGUAUUUAUUGGCUCUCUCAGCGCCGCAGGCUGCAGUGGGGCGACUCUUGUGACGGAAGUGAGCCACUUAGAGUAGCUUUUAUCCUUUUUGUGGUUAUUGUUGGUGCUGAUUGUCUCAUAACGUGAGACACGAUGCGAAUUCGGACAGGAAUCGCCUUGAUUUUUCUCGCAGCUUUUGCAUUUGUUGCAGCUGAGGACGGAGAUAGCAAAGAAAGCGUGAUCGAACAGUUGGUUGUGGAGACGUUGGUGAAGCCAGAGACAUGCACGAUUACAUCAGAGAUGGGAGACACGCUUCGAAUCCAUUACACGGGUCGGUUAAUGGACGGGAAGGUGAUUGACACCUCUCUGUCUCGUGAGCCUCUGGUCGUAGAGUUGGGCAAGAGGUCUGUCAUCACAGGCCUAGAGCAAGCCCUGGUCGGAUUGUGUGAAGGACAAAAAAUCAAAGCCACGAUUCCAGCUCAUCUCGCGUAUGGAAAGAGAGGAUUCCCUCCAACCAUUCCAGGGGACAGCACACUUGAGUUUGAGGUGGAGGUGAUCUCUCUGUCCCAGCAAACGCCGUGGCAGAAGCUAGUUAAUGACAUCUUGCCUGUUUUGUGCUUGGCGCUGGUUCCCACUUUACUGGGUUUAGUGGGUCUCUACCUCUACAACAAAGCACAUGCACAACCUCACGGCAAGAAGAAGAGCAAAGACAAGAAAAGCAAGAAGAAAUAAGUUUUAAAGCCAAAAAGAAUAAACUAUUUAAAUAAUUGGUGCUUUCUAUUUUUUUUCUUGUGACUUAUUUGAGGACAUUAAAACAUUCAAU